CUAGAACAGAAACUAGCUAGCUUGCUGGUAAAUAUGAAUGUGAGGUAUGGUGAGUGAGGCCAAACUAAAUAAUUUCGUAACACGUCAUUGGAAUUGCCAAACCACCUCUUUUUUUUUUUUUCUUUCUCUCGAAUGGUUUUCUGUUGCGCCUCACCGAACAAGUCGUAGCACAAACAAGCAAAAGAGAUGACUGAGAAUUUCGACCGAACUCCAGGCGCAGGUAGAGUCCGUAUAAAGCCAAGAAGGCCCGGCCUCGCAGAUGUAGGAGACGCCACAUAUGUUUUCAACGAGAGUGAGCCUCUACGGCAACCUCGGACGUCUCCACCUUUGACUGAGAACACAAACACUAGUGAAGCUAUCGGGGGAGGUAAGAUUUGAUGUCAGACCAACUAUGCCUUUACUGUUAAUUUAGCCAUUUGUUUUAGCUAGCUAUGCGUGUUAACAUGUUAGCUAGCUAGGUAGGUAGCUAGUGUGUGAAGAAGUUACACAACAUUCUAGCUCGAGGGCUAGAGCGCGCAAAAUGCCCUGUUCGUUUGCACAGGCCUGCUGCUAGUGACAACCUAGCUAACUUGCAAACUAUCGUCGUUUUAAAACGCCCCUAGAAGAAUUGAAUCCCUCUGACAAAUUACCUAAGUAGCUAACUAACUAGUUGCACCUGUUACUAAAUGAAGCGCAAGGACGGUGGCCAAAUCACGUCACAUGACAAGCUAGGUCCCUGCCACCGAGUGUCCCUGUUACAGGGCAAGCACAUUACCUAAUGUGCCACUCAGACCUCUAUUGCUAGCUACGUGUACUUAAAAUAAAUCUUAAUUUGCUUCCUCAGAAAGCAGAAGACCAAGCAAACCCCACCAAGUCAUUCACAACAACAGCACUCCUGCCUCCAAAGUGAAAAGUGUGGAGACUCUGGUGAAGACCUCCAUUCUGUCAGCCAAUGCACUGGAGUUCUACCCUGCCAGCUUCUCCCCCUAUGAGGUGCGAAAGCAGUGUUCCCCCAGUGAUCCUGGAAACCCAACCAGGGUGCAGGCUUUUGUUCCAGUCCAGUACUACUAACACACCUGGUUCAAUUAGGGUAAUCACCAAGCCCCUUAUUAAAUUAGAUCUGGUGUGAUGGUGCUGGGUCGGAACAAAAAGUCUGUACACCCUGUAAUAAUGCAUAAUGAUAAUGGGUUGCCUAGUGUCUCGGCAACUGCACUUCACCUCAUCCACUACUAAUGAGUAGCUCUCAGCUGGAAGUACUGGCAGUAGCUACUAGCUAGUUUCUAUAUUUUUCACCAAUCCUUGAUUACCUGUAUUCUCCAUUUUAGGAUGGCAGUGAUGGCUAUUAUACUGAGACGACAUUGGCUGAAUUGGUUGAGGAGUUUCUCAGCCACCUAAACUCCUCGCCGGGGUCCUUUGAGAUGGACAUUGAGUCCAUAGUAAACAUGCUGAACAGCUGGGUCACUACUGAGGAGACGCUGCAAGAACUGGUGGAACUCAUCUAUACACAAGUAUGUGUAUCAACACACACACAGUUCGGUCAUCUACGUGCUUAUUAAUUUAAUAGCGAUGUCUGUACUGUAGUUUACUGUAUUUUGUUUUACUGUAUUUUUUUUCAAUUUGUUCUGUUCUGUUGUUCCAUUUUGUCUGUUUUUGCAGUCUACUGCUAUCCCCAAUUUCUCGUACACAGGGGCAAGGCUCUGUAACUUUCUGUCUCAUAACCUCGUACUCAGCCCAGCAAGUGGAAACUUUCGUCAGCUGUUACUUAAACGGUGAGCUUUGUUAAUAUUAGAAAGUAACAUCUUAUAAUUUCAUCACAAGCUUAAUCCUGAUGCUUCACCACAAGAAACACUUGUAGCCAUUUAUACAGAAACCCUGUCUCUCACUCUGUAUCUGGGUGCUGUAGGUGUCAGACAGAGUAUGAACAGAGGGAUGUAGCGGUGCGGGGGGACCAGGAGACACAGAAGAAGUUCCAUGCCUAUGUGCUCUUUCUGGGGGAGCUCUACCUCAGACUGGAGGUGAGUAGGAGCGCCUUUGUCCUGUCCCAGUCUUUUGGGGGUAUUUAUGUCUCUGUGGGUCUGUUGAAUUGAGCUGAAUUUUAUUAUUAUUAUUUGGGUAAAAACAUAUACAGCAAAAUGUACAUUGUAUUCCAAGAGAAUAGCACUUAAAAGUAUUAAUUAAAACACUUGUUUCCAAAGUGACACUUGAUGGUAAAAACAAUUUCCAUUUCAGCUCAUCACAACUUUGACACUUGCCUCCCAUAACCCAACCUCCUUCCAUAACUCCUCCCCCUAGAUCCAUUUUGAGUUGAUAAUAAACCCUAGAGGAUGACUGAACCUGACCUCCUGUAUAAUUGAUUGUAUCAGGUGAAGAGUGCAAAGGGGCCUCCUUCCCGUGCUGAGAUCCUGCUAACCGCCCUGAGGGACCUGAUGGAUGCCCUCUUAUCUAACCCAGUGGACGGAAACCUAAUCUGUGCUGUCAAACUGCUCAAGGUGAUUUCGCAAGUUUUCUGAUCUCUAAAGUCAAGCUGGUUCAAUGUUCCACGUCAUCUGUGGUACAGUUAUUUACCUUCUUUCAAGAGAAAUCUGCAGGCUACAAUCCCAUGUGAAUGGAAAAGAUUGUAUUGUAUUACAAUGUAAUAAUGUUUAUUUUGUCAAGUUUGUUAUAAUGUGCAAGACAAAUUCCCCUUUGUUACAUUAACUUUUAUCUGUGAUGUCAUCUGUAGUUGACAGGCUCGGUUCUGGAGGAUGCAUGGAAAGAAAACGGGAAGUCUGACAUGGACCAGCUAACCCAGAGGAUUGAGAACAUCUUACUGGACUCCCAGUGCAGCAGGUGCGUGUGUGUAUGUGAGAUGAAUGAAGUAGCAAUGGCCAGAGACUGGCUGCUUUGUGUUUAGUAGACACUCUGUCAAAACUACCUCUGCCAAAUUUAGAAGUCAAAUGAAAGCUUCUUAGAUUGGAUUAGAUAGAAACUGGUCAUAUGAAUGACUGACUGUGUCUGUUGUGUGAAGGAGAUGUUGUUGAUGCUGAGUGAGUGAUUGAACAAAUUAAUAAAAGACAGUCUGUGUGUCCAUCAGAGAUGUGAAGCAGAUGUUAUUGCGGCUGGUGGAGCUGAGGUCUAGUAACUGGGGCAGAGUCCACGCUGCUGCUGCUGCCGACGCUACACCUGACAAUGACCCCAAUUACUUUAUGGUGAGGAGUUGGGGCUAGAAAUCAACACUACUCCCUCCAUCUAAGCUUUUAAACUUCUCAAGUUUCAAGCCAGCUCCCAGCUUUAACCCAUGAUCCAAAAGGAAUUGGCACGAUCCACCAUUUUGGGAAACUGGUUUAAUGUUCAAAUUGAAUUUCAUGCCUACUAACCUUUUCAACGCUGUUCUUUGUGCGUUUCUCCUCUCAGAAUGAGCCUACGUUCUACACUGCAGACGGCACUCCCUUCACCGCAGCCGACCCUGGUGAGUAUAUCACCAUUAUUCAUCAAGAUAAAACCCUGCAAACGCUUUGCAUUGUCCUUAAAUGUAUGUUUUGGUGUUACAGAAUAUUCAGAAAAAUACCAGGAGAUCCUAGAUUGGGAAGACGACUAUUUCCCAGAGGAUUGUGAAGAGAAUGGAAAUGAAUCGUGAGUAUUGCUAAAUGACAAAUGUAAAUGUAUUAAUUGUCUAUACAGUGAUUAGUUGUGGUCAUGUUCUUUGCUCUUUCAGUUGACUUGGUUGGAUGUGUUUGAGUCAUGAUGGUACUAAAUAUGUAUCUGUGGUUCUAGAAUAUUCCUCUGUAAUUCUAUAAUGUUAUUCUGUAGUUGUAGAAUAUUCCUCUGUAGUUAUAGAAUAUCCCUCUCUAGUUCUAGAAUAUUUAUUUGUGGGAGCCAGUCAAACACACCAAAUAGGUCAGGCAAUCCAGUGCCGUUGUUACUAAUACAAUUGUAGGAUUGGUCUUGUCAUGUGUCCAUAUGCCAAUGUCACCAAGGUCACAUGACCUGAGAGCAGCGUGAGGUCGUUGACUUGUGGGGCCAGUGUGGGUCAGUGUGAUUGUCUAGCCCACAAUGCAACAGGGGAAGCCAGAGCCUCCUAUUCAGAGUAGUCAGCAGAUGGACCAGAAAGGGGGGUUAGCUUACCCCUUUCUCACUCAACUGUGUGUGUGUGCGCCUUUUGGUCUUUAGUGGUACACUGAACAGCUUUUGAAAUAAACCUGUAAAUAACCUUAAUGAAUUUGCCUGCGCUUUGUUCAGUUCAUUCUUGAUCUUAAUGAAUAUACAUCAUUGUUUGUGUUCCAGAUCGUUCAAUGACGAGGAUGAGAUGGACCCUGAGAUCGAGGAAGCUUUUGAGAAGUUCUGCCUAGAGUCAGAGAGGAGACAGCGACAAUGAGACCAGCAUGAGAGUGCUGCGAGAGACUGAACUGGCACAUACCUUUCGUGUUUGACUUGCUGGAAUGUUUGCGACUGGAAAAAAUCAAAGAACAAGCGAUAUGUUAUUUUUUUUUGGGGGGGGGGGGGGGGGGGGGGGGGGAACAAUACAGUGCAUAGUUUGCUCUUCGUGGCACUUCACUUACAGGUUUUUUUCUGGCUGGGAUUUGUGUUGGUUGGAAGAUAUGGUACAAUCAACUGGAUCAAUAAUCUGCUGAGUUAUACCGACUGUUUUGAGUUUGGCUUUUUUGGGGGGUGGGGGAGUUCCUUCUCUGCUUUUGAUUCUUUCAGAAACACGUAUUUCCCUUGCUCUUCAUCUUAAUGCCGCAGGGGAAAUGUGUGCUGUGGAUUUCAAACACUACUACG